GUCAGCUGGUCUGACCGGGAGACUUUAUUCCUGACGCUGCAAGAGCCUCCUGCCAACGAGGAUCCUAUCGGUGAGACGUUUCACGGCCGAAAUUGCGAGCAACCCGGACCGCGAAAGUAUGCGGCUGGAUGGGAUGCUUUGACCAACAAGCACCGAUUCACAGAAGAUGCUGUAGCCUGCGUUUUCCUUACCAAGCGGGAAGAGGGUUACGGCCGCCACGAUCCUCCCGAUCCUCCAAAUGGAGAUGCCUGCUGGUGUCACAAGAUUUACGGGGAGCCGAAGCCAUGGGGAUGUGGUUGGUACACUGCAUGGUUGAAGAAUGUCCGGCAAGCUAUGGCAAACGGCCAGCGCCUCAAGGUAGUCUUCUUUCCUGGCCAGAUUGGGGACGGCAAGGUCAGCAUGGACGAGUUGUGCCACACGAAUCUGUGGGAUGGUGUGGGCUUAGGCGGAUCACAGAAGUGUGAGGUUGCCACAGCUGAUGCAGAAAAAUGGGACUAUGACUCUGUGGAUGUUGCAUCGCUGCUAGAGCAGGAGUUCCGCCCAGGCCGGCGAGUGGAUGCUUGGUGUGAUGAAACGAAGUCCUGGCGCAUGGCCACGGUUCUGGAGCAGCAGACAAGAGUGACAGAAGAAAAGGACAAAGACAAUCCGGAGAGAAAUAAGAUAUGA